UCCCCAUGUAUCAAUUGACAUGUGCGAUUUUGGAGUAUUCGCUUGUGUAUUAUUCAUCUUCUUAAUCUACAAUCUUCCAGUUUCGGUGAGACUUGGAAUGUAUCUCUCUAUAUAUUAUACCGGUAAUCUUAGGGUAGAGACCAAAUCAAUUUCCACAGCUUACCGCUGCAUCGCGUACAUACCUAGGUAACUACAUACCUACAUAUAAGUAUGUUCCAGCCGACCUCCAUACUUCUUGUAUCAUUGUUCUAGUAGACUGAGAAAAAAAAAACAAGGGAGAGCAAUUGAUCUUCAAUGUUCGACCUCUAAAAAGUGAAAGUGCCUACCGUCAUGCCGACAUAUGUUUCGGUUUCCCCAAAAAUGCUUCACCGUCGGGUCAGGCCUCGCAUCGACAAUCACAUGACUUGUUCAGGCUCAGCUCCUAUAAAACGCAAAGGUCCGAUCACCUCAUCUGUGAACCUCUGGUGCUCUACAAGAUCCCCCCACAACGAUCCACUUUCAUCGAUGGAUCUGGUAAUUGAAUCCCCAAAGCCCCCACUUUCCAGCCCCCGCGGAUGUGCUAGUCUACGCUACCCAAGCGAAUAUGCAAAGCUUGUCGUUGAACUGCCCAAAUGGUACAUUUUUCGUCAUCGCAUGGCCUAAUCAUUCUCAGUCAUCAGAUAAUGUUCAGACGACAUCUAUCGUUUAUAGUACUAGAGUUCGAACCCCAAAUUUUUGACUAUUGCACUCAAUUUUGUCUGCGUCUCCCCUUCGUCAAUAGUGGCCACCACAACUCACACGAGACAUGGCUCCGCAAGGCGAGAUUCCUCUCGCGGCCAACAUCUUAGGCACAAUCGGAACCGUGUUUUGGUGUGUACAGUUGGUGCCUCAGAUCAUUCGCAAUUACCGCACCAAGUCAACUGAGGGGCUCCCGGCCGCCAUGAUGUUCCUAUGGUCAGUAAGUGGGGUACCGUUUGGUGUAUACGCGAUUGCGCAGCAAUUCAACAUCCCGUUGAUCGUGCAGCCGCAAUGUUUCUGUGCGCUCUGCGGUGUCAGCUGGGCGCAGUGCAUCGUAUAUGGCCGCAAGUGGCGAGCCUGGACCGCAACAUUAGUCCUUCUUGCACUCUUCGCCGUCUUCGCAGGCGUCCAAGCCGGUCUUGUUUUCGCCAUCCGUCCUGCCUACGCGCGUGGUAUCGAAUGGCCAGUCCUCCUCAUAGGAAUACUCGCGUUUCUUCUCCUCAUCGGUGGAUACUUCCCCAUCCCGUUCGAGCUUCUUAAACGUCGAGGCCGCGUUGUUGGCAUCGAUUUCAUUUUCCUGGGCAUCGAUUGGUGCGGCGCAUUCUUCAGUCUCAUGUCCUUGGUCGCGCAGACGGAGUUCGACAGUCUAUUUGGCACUCUUUACGCACUUUGCUGUGUGAUUGAGAUGACUAUGGUCAUUAGUCACUUGAUUUGGAGAGUGCGGACCAAGGGGAUCAGGAAGCGAGCGAAUGAGCAAGGAAUGAGCUUUGACGAGAGCGAAGAAGGCAAAGAAUGGCAAGCAAAGGGUUGGGAUGUUGGAGCAAGCCUGAGUAUAAUGUUCUCUAGAUCAAGAUUGGGUGGCGAAGAGGAGCCAACAGAAGUGAUGGAGGAAGAGACAGUCCAGACAAGCUCGAAGAACAUGGUGCCGAACGCGGUGGUAUAGACUCAACGUUGAAUUUUCAUCAUGCGCAAAACCCACUUCGAUCCUAUUUCAAUGCCAAAUAACAUUUACCAUUCUACUUGGCCAGCGAAUAUCUGCAUCCACUACAGUUUGGAGGACGCGCGACCCACAAAGCGCGACAUUCUUGCCGGAUGCCUGCAGUCGUUCGGUGUAUCAGGAGCUUUCCAAAUCGCUUCGAGAGUAUCGAAACACCUGAAAACUUGGC